UAUCCAGCUGGCAGCAGCUGGGAUUAGCUUGCGGUCAGCCUCCAGCCGCGUUGGGGUCAACUGCUGCAACAGGGCAAGAAGAUACCGAGUCCUGAAUUCAUUGACCAAACUGAGCCAUAGUUAUUUGCCGCUCUGUAUAACUUUCCCACUAGACUGUGGGAUUAAAUUCGGUAAAAUUGAAGCACGACAUCAUACAGAAGAGUGCAGAAAUCAUAAGUGUACAUUUCAAUGAAUUAUUAACAUGUGGACACGCCCGUAUAACCAUCAAUGAGUUUAAGAAUCAGAGCAUGACCAGCUCCCUGGAAGCCUCCCACCCCUCUCGUUCACUGCCCCUAUUCCUCCUCCGAGGUGACCACUAUCCUGCAUUCUACCGGUCACCACAGGUUAUCCUCAACAAAAGAGCUUGAGAGAUGCCGACCUUGCAUUGAGUUCAAAUAAGCAAGAAGAACAUUUGGUUAAACUAUUUGAAAAUAAUCCAACAAAUGACCAAAAUCACAACCCACCACAUGUGAAAAACAUCUUCCAAACUCUCCAAAGAUCUUUAGGUCACAUUGCAGAGGAGAAGAGGGAUAAAGAAUCCUCUCUCUUCAACAGGGAUGUAAGUGAUGAGCAGUUAUCAACCAUAAAUAAAGGAACACUUCAGGAAGCAAUCAGUCCAGAGUCUGAAGAGGCGCAGGGGCCCGCACCCUGCUCAGGGCAGCGGCGGCGAUGCCGGACCCCGCGGCGCACCUGCCCUUCUUCUACGGCAGCAUCUCGCGCGCCGAGGCCGAGGAGCACCUGAAGCUGGCGGGCAUGGCCGACGGGCUCUUCCUGCUGCGCCAGUGCCUGCGCUCUCUGGGCGGCUAUGUGCUCUCGCUCGUGCACGACGUGCGCUUCCACCACUUCCCCAUCGAGCGCCAGCUCAACGGCACCUACGCUAUUGCGGGCGGAAAAGCGCACUGCGGCCCCGCUGAGCUCUGCGAGUUCUAUUCGCGCGACCCAGACGGGCUGCCCUGCAACCUGCGCAAGCCGUGCAACCGGCCGUCGGGGUUCGAGCCGCAGCUCGGGGUCUUCGACAGCCUACGCGAUGCCAUGGUGCGCGACUACGUGCGCCAGACUUGGAAACUAGAGGGCGAGGCCCUGGAGCAGGCCAUCAUCAGCCAGGCCCCUCAGGUGGAGAAGCUCAUUGCCACGACGGCUCACGAGCGGAUGCCCUGGUACCACAGCAGCCUGACGCGCGAGGAGGCGGAGCGCAAACUCUACUCAGGCUCACAGACGGACGGCAAGUUCCUGCUGAGACCCCGGAAGGAGCAGGGCACCUAUGCGCUGUCUCUGAUCUAUGGGAAGACUGUGUACCACUACCUCAUCAGCCAGGACAAGGCGGGCAAAUACUGCAUUCCCGAGGGGACCAAGUUUGACACGCUCUGGCAGCUGGUGGAGUACCUGAAGCUGAAGGCUGACGGGCUCAUCUACUGCCUGAAGGAGGCCUGUCCCAACAACAGCGCCAGCUCAGAGGCCGCUGCUCCCACACUCCCCGCCCACCCAUCCACAUUCACCCAGCCUCAGAGACGGAUCGACACGCUCAACUCAGAUGGAUACACCCCCGAACCAGCAUGCCUAGCGUCCUCAGAGAAGCCGCGAUCGAUGCCCAUGGACACCAGCGUGUACGAGAGCCCCUACAGCGACCCCGAGGAGCUCAAAAACAAGAAGCUGUUCCUGAAGCGCGAGAACCUCCUCAUGGCUGACAUAGAACUUGGCUGCGGCAACUUCGGCUCCGUUCGCCAGGGCGUCUACCGCAUGCGCAAGAAGCAGAUCGACGUGGCCAUCAAGGUGUUGAAACAGAACACGGAGAAGGCGGACAAGGACGAGAUGAUGCGGGAGGCGCAGAUCAUGCACCAGCUGGACAACCCCUACAUCGUGCGGCUCAUCGGCGUCUGCCAGGCCGAGGACCUCAUGCUGGUGAUGGAGAUGGCGGGCAGCGGGCCGCUGCACAAGUUCCUGCUUGGGAAGAAGGAGGAGAUCCCCGUCAGCAACGUGGCGGAGCUGAUGCACCAGGUGUCCAUGGGGAUGAAGUACCUGGAGGAGAAGAACUUUGUGCACCGUGACCUGGCGGCCCGCAAUGUCCUUCUGGUCAACCGGCACUAUGCCAAGAUCAGCGACUUUGGUCUCUCCAAGGCACUGGGUGCUGACGACAGCUACUACACUGCUCGCUCGGCGGGGAAGUGGCCACUCAAGUGGUACGCGCCUGAGUGCAUCAACUUCCGCAAGUUCUCCAGCCGCAGUGACGUCUGGGGCUACGGGGUCACCAUGUGGGAAGCCUUCUCCUAUGGCCAGAAGCCCUACAAGAAGAUGAAGGGCCCCGAGGUCAUGGCCUUCAUCAAGCAGGGCAAGCGGAUGGAGUGCCCACCAGAGUGUCCACCCGAAAUGUACAAACUCAUGAGCGACUGCUGGACCUACAAGUGGGAGGACCGUCCAGACUUCCUGACCGUGGAGCAGCGCAUGCGCACCUACUACUACAGCUUGGCAAGCAAGGCCGAGGACCCUGCCGCAUGCGGAAAGGGGGCCGAGGCUGCGUGUGUCUGAGCUCCAGCCUGCCGACCCCUACACCCCAGCUUUUCCUCCUGUGUCCUCAGCUCCCUCCCAGGACCUCCAGUCUGGCUGAGCCCAGCUCAGUUUCUCUCCCCCCACCAGCUGGGCUGUGAUAAGGUGGACAGCUCAGGCCUCCGGCCCACACUGGUCUAGUAUUCCCUGCCCGGUCACCUGGCCCCUCUGGCUGGGUUAGGAGGCCAAGACCCAGGCAAGGUGGUCCUGGGCUGGAAUCUACUGGGAGGCCCUGAGCUGAGGGGGCGUUGCUUACAGCAAGGACCCUCCUUCCUCUGGGCCCAGCAGGGCGGACUCCCAGAGUCCUCAGGUGGCAAG